GCAUGUUUUGAAACGUCAAAGAUACAUGUUCCGCGUUUCACCAUGUGGUAAAAACUUAUGUGGUAAACAAACGUUUACCGGUUUCCUCUUCCAGUUGUUAAAUAAUAUUUUUGUGCUCAAGCGGCAAUGCCAAGAAACCAAACUAAAAUUAUGUCUAAAAGAGGGAAGUAUGCAAACGUGCGCAAAAGAAAAAUGAGCAAGCCGGUCAUAGAUGGUACCCCCAAGCAUAAAGCUCGCUCCAAUAAAACUAUCUUGCAAUUGUCAGCAGAUAUGACCGAAGGCAUGGAAGAAGCGUAUCGUAAAACAGUACUCUGUGAAAUUAGCCACCAAGAACACGUGAACCGAUUAUUGCCAAUAAAAGUCAAAGGCAAAGGGCUGAUAAACCGAACUGCUCCUAAGCAGAUCAAGGAUGAUGCUAGCGUAUGCUCUUCUGAUCUUGAUAACAAACAGUCUGCAGAAGAUAUAUUUGACGAUAAGCCGAAUGAACAGCAAGUAGUUUCAUUGGCCGAAAUUUUGCUUAAACGUGAUGAGGAAAUAAGAGAAAAACAAUUUUUCAUUGGAACGACUUGUGCGGCAAUACUUGAAAAUCCGGAAGCAAGAAUUGAGAACAUUGGUGUGCUCUUAGAUCUAUUAAACGAAGUAAAUCGAGAUGGUUCCAUCAAUUUUCUACCUGUUAGAAAAACGGCAAUGAUAUCCCUCGUAGAAGUAUUUAAAGAUAUUGUUCCAGAAUAUCGGAUUGGCAUUGUUGACAAAGAACAUCAAAAGUUGAAAAAAGAUACGCUUGCACGCGUUAAUUUUGAGAACAAGCUCUUAACUUACUAUAAGCAAUUAUUGAAACACAUCGAAGGUAUCACGAGUAAAUACACUAAGAAGCUUCUUCGUUCGGAAAAACAGUCCGUAGAAACACGGCAACUAUUAGAAAUGGCUGUGCAAUGUAUGUGCGACCUAGUGUUAGCACAUCCAUAUUUCAAUUACAGUCCCAAUCUUGUACAAGUACUAGUGUUGAUGUUGAAUAACACUAAAGAGACUAUACGUAAAAUGGUACACACUUGCUUUAGUGUUUUGUUUAAAACGGAUGCUCGAUUAGAUUUGACUCAACAUGUAAGUUUUAAAAAAGGUGAAAAGUUCGUCGUGCUUCAUCAUGUUUCUUUUUUUUUUCAGACUGUUCGCCAUAUCAACAUGCUAAUAAAGAAAAAACAACGAAACGUGUUUCCUGAAAUGAUAUCCUGCUUGAAAAACCUUCAAAUUCAUCGAAUAAAUAUGAACGAUGAUAAGUUGCUGGAAGUAAAAAAGCAAAAACUCGAAAAGCAAAAAUCGUACGUAAUCAACAUGUCUCGGAAGGAACGUAAACGCAAGAAAAAGUUGCAAGAACUUGAAAAGGAUAUUUUUGAAACAAAAGCAGAGGAGAGCAAGCAAAUUGUGCGUCGAAAAUUGACAGAAAUUUCGAAGUUGACGUUCAUGAUUUAUUUCAAAAUUCUUAAAUGUUACCCCGAUUCUAAAGUGCUGAGCGCAACAUUGGAAGGACUAUCGAAAUUUGCGCACACUAUUAACAUCGAUUUUUUUGCUGACCUAGUUGAGUUAUUGAACAAUCUGUUGGAAAACGUAGAAUUGGGAUAUAGGGAGCAAUUGCACUGCAUUCAAACGGUGUUCAUCAUACUUAGUGGACAAGGAGAAGUUCUAAACAUUGAUCCGGCAAGAUUUUACUCGCAUUUUUACAAAAAUUUACUGUACGUAAAUGCAGGAAAAAACCACGAUGAUAUGCAGACUAUUAUCAAAACAUUGGAUGUCAUUUUAUUCAAACGUCGUCGAAACGUAACAUAUCACCGCUACGUGAGCUUUGUGAAACGGCUUGCAUCGCUAUGCCUACAGGUGCUCCCCAAUGGAUGCCUAGGUCUUAUAUCUUUAAUUCGAAGCUGUAUGCACAUGAAUCAACAACUGGACAUCCUGCUUGACUCUGAAGCGGUCGUAGGUUCGGGGAAAUUCGAUCCUUUUACCGAUGAACCGGAAUUCGCUAAUGCUAAUUGUACUGCACUUUUUGAAAGUAGCUGCUUGGUACGGCACUACCACCCCUUAAUUCGCAAAAUGGUAAUGAAUGUCCUAAAAGGUUCUGACAGUGUUCCCAUCAAUUCCGGGCGAACUUUAACGCCGGACGAAUACUACACUAACUACGAUUGCACGGAAAUGGUAUUCAACCCGGAGAUUGCACCACCAUCACAGGUCAAAUAUGGUAAAAAUUAUCAAAGAUUAGUAGGGAGUAAAAUACUGAAAAGAAAAACUCUGAGCAAACUUUCACUUCGCAUGAAGGAUGGUACUGUAAUUGGAAAAUCAAAGGAAGGUUCCAAAGGGUUGUUCCAUGAUUAUUUUAUGGAUUACAUUCAAAUGUCAAAAAUGAAGAAAACAUCAUUGCCGGAUAAUUAAGUGCGCGCGCAUGAACUGCAAAAAUAAAACAUGUUUGGUAAUUCAUUCAA